CAGCGAAGUGCGCGCCACAAAUCCGCGAUGUGGAGCGCUGAAAAUGAACCAGCUACAUCCCAAACUGAAGCUCAAACGAAAGAAGUCCUGCGCGGAUCCGGAACUGCUCUGCCCGGGGAAAGAGCGGAGUGUGAGGCCGCUGUCAGAGGGAGAAGCCCCGCUGCAGGCUGCAGGCCCUCUGCUCCCUGCUGCCCCUGCCACUGCUCCUGCCACUGCUCCGGUCCCCCUCUGCUCUGGAGUGGACAGACUGUGGGCACUGACCUUGGGCUGGAUCCUACAGGAGCUCCAGGGACAGGUGCCUGAGCUGCCCCCUCCCUCUGCUGAUGGCCCCCCUGUCUGUCCUGCCCCUGCACACUGGGGCCUUACUGAUGAGAUCUCCCCCUUUCCAGAGCCCUACUCCUCUGUCCAGUCAUGUCCCACAUCUCACCUAAACGUGGAUAGUUUGGAUAGCCAGGAGCAUACAGCCUUGCCCCCCCACACUGCUGAUGUGGCACCUUUAAACCAGCAAAGGGAGACCUGCGCACCUAAAGCCCUGCUGCCACAAAGCCGAAGGGGCAGAGGGACACCAGAGAGGACAGAGAGGACAGAGAGGACAGAGAGGACAGAGAGGACAGAGAGGACAGAGAGGACAGAGAGGACAGAGAGGGGGACAGAGGGGACAGGAAUGAUGGAGGGGAUGAAGGGAACAAGAUGUUGCGGGGGAGCGGGAGUAACAGAGGGGACAUGGAGGACGGAGGGGGCACAAGGAGGGACAGGGGGAAGAGGAUGGACUAAAGAGGCAGGAGGGACGGGUAAAACACGACCCUCCUGGACAGAGGGGACCAGACAGAUGGAGAGGACUGAGAUGAUGUGUACAGAGUCGACAGAGAGGAUACGCGGGACAGGCGGGACAGGCGGGACAGGCGGGACAGGCGGGACAGGCGGGACAGGCGGGACAGGCGGGACAGGCGGGACAGGCGGACAGGAGACAGGAGGGACAGGAGGGACAGAGGAGCUGUUGGCGAGCUGCCCCAUGUGCCUGCUGGUCUUCCCUCCAGGACUCUCUCAGCUGGAGCGGGACAGUCACCUGGCCCAGUGUCUGUCUGACGUCAACAUCGACGUGACCUGGUGA